GGCCGGGGGGCCGAAAUGUCGUCCGCCGUGAGGCAGGAGCUGACCCAGCUCAUGAGCUCCAGCGGCUCUCACAAGGACCUGGCUGGGAAGUAUCGUCAGAUAUUGGAAAAAGCGAUUCAGCUGUCAGGAGCUGAACAGCUAGAAGCAUUGAAAGCUUUUGUAGAAGCAAUGGUGAAUGAAAAUGUCAGUUUAGUGAUUUCACGGCAGUUGCUGACAGACUUCUGUACCCAUAUUCUGAGCCUCCCUGAUAGCACGGCCAAAGAAAUUUACCAGUUCACCCUGGAAAAGAUCCAGCCUCGUGUAAUUUCCUUUGAGGAACAGGUCGCUUCCAUAAGGCAACAUCUUGCAUCGAUUUAUGAGAAGGAAGAAGACUGGAGGAAUGCAGCACAAGUGUUGGUGGGGAUUCCUUUGGAAACAGGCCAGAAGCAAUACAACGUGGACUAUAAACUGGAAACCUAUCUGAAAAUUGCCCGGCUAUAUCUGGAGGACGACGAUCCCGUUCAGGCCGAGGCGUACAUCAACAGGGCGUCCCUUCUGCAGAACGAAUCGACCAAUGAGCAGCUGCAGAUCCACUAUAAGGUGUGCUACGCUCGGGUUCUUGACUACAGAAGGAAGUUCAUUGAAGCCGCCCAGAGAUACAAUGAGCUCUCCUACAAGAGCAUCGUCCACGAAAGUGAGCGUCUGGAGGCUCUGAAGCAUGCCUUGCAUUGCACCAUCUUAGCAUCGGCAGGGCAGCAGCGCUCCCGUAUGCUAGCCACUCUGUUUAAGGACGAGCGGUGCCAGCAGCUUGCAGCCUACGGGAUCCUGGAGAAAAUGUAUCUGGACAGGAUUAUCCGAGGAAACCAGUUACAAGAAUUCGCUGCAAUGCUCGUGCCGCAUCAGAAAGCAACAACGGCUGAUGGUUCCAGUAUCCUGGACAGAGCUGUCAUUGAACAUAAUUUAUUAUCCGCAAGCAAACUAUAUAACAAUAUUACUUUUGAAGAACUUGGAGCAUUGUUAGAAAUCCCUGCAGCCAAGGCAGAAAAGAUCGCCUCCCAGAUGAUAACGGAAGGCCGCAUGAAUGGAUUUAUUGAUCAGAUAGAUGGAAUCGUUCACUUUGAAACUCGUGAAGCCUUGCCAACGUGGGACAAGCAGAUUCAGUCACUUUGCUUCCAAGUUAACAAUCUUUUGGAGAAAAUUAGCCAGACUGCCCCGGAAUGGACAGCCCAAGCAAUGGAAGCCCAAAUGGCUCAGUAG